CUUCAAGUUAAAAUGUUCAAAAUCGUGAUGAUCUGCGCUUUUAUCGGCCUGGCUGCCGCUGCUAGUGAGGAUGCCCACGCUGAAGUCGUUUUGCGCAAAGAUGAUGUCCGCCACGACGGUUUUGAUUCCACUCUUGAGACCACUAACCACAUUACACGCGAUGACCACGGCGAUGAACACGGCAAUAUCUAUGGCAGCUUCGGCUGGAUCUCCCCCGAGGGCGAACAUAUCAACAUCAAAUACGUCGCCAAUGAGCACGGAUACCAGCCAUCGGGAUACCCAAUUCCCGAGGCACUUGUGCGUGCCGUUGCCUAUAACAUUGAGCAUGCUCAUGCCCCCGAAGCCCACCACGGCGGUCACCAUUAGAACAAUGUUCGCCCAUGAGCCGAUCGCUUGGACUGGACUUGGAACGUACAACGGUGUA